UUCAGUGUCGGUUGUUCCUAGUUUUCCCGAGAAUUUUCCGUAGUUUGGUGAGCGGUGGUUGUUAGUUUGGGAAAGGGCAGUUGUGCUUUUCGUUGCUGAAGGGCGAAAAACAGUUUAAUUUUCCUUGAUUUGAUUUAUAAGUUUAAUUUGGAAACCAAGUGCCAAAAAAGUAGAGUUUAAAGGAUUUUUCUUUGAGAUGUUUGAGAUAUGACCGCUGAUAGUUAUAAUACGAAGCCUAUGUCUUUGGUUGAACGGAAAAAACUACAGUGGGCAAAGGAGAGAGAAGAACUGGCCAACCUCACAGCACCUUACCGACAAUACAGUCAAAAUUUCGAAAAAUCAUUUGACAGAUCCAAAUAUGGAAGUAGGCACCCUACGAUACAAAAACAAUCAUCCCUGGACAACUACCCCAAAGACCAGGAGCGCAGAAGUAGUUUACCACCUCUGUACAAGAACCAGUAUAAUUCGAACUAUGACUACAAUCAGAAGAACUACAAAAGCGAGAAAUUUGACAGAGGUGGAGAGACUUCCGGGUAUGGUAGCGAUACCAACAAUCAAACUCCAGAGUAUAAGGAGAAUAGUCUUCCUCCUGCUGGCAAUAGUCAGUGGACAGGAGGACAUACGGGACACGGGGGACACCAAAGUGGUUAUGAGUCCUCCUCUAGCUUCAGAGACGACAGACCAAAAUGGGGUGACAAAGGAGUGGGGGUAGGAAAAUUCUGGCAACCCAAAGAAGAACACUACGAAAAAAUAGCCGACGAGCCCCCAAACUGGGUGAAACGAGGCCUUCAAGGCGAUGGAGCAAUACUCGUCGCAAACUCUUCGCCCUCUGCUUCGCCAGAACAGAGAUACGAAGACCACGACAGACCCUGUACGGGUUCUAGCUUCUCCCAACACAAAUGCUACCUCCGAGGCCAAAACAUGCCCAUCGAUGCGGUUGAGUUAGCAGAAAGAGAACGAAAAAGACAGGUAGCCCUAGCUCAUCAAGAAGCCAUCCGCCAACAGCUGGAGGAACGUGAAAAAAGACGGGAAGAAGAAAGAAUCAGAAGAAUAAGGGAAGAAAGAGAAGAAGAGCUGCGCAUUGAGAGAGAACAGGAGUAUGAGAGACAGAAAAAACUACAGGAAGAACGUGCCCAUCAAGAAAAGUUGGAGAGAGAAAGAAGAAGAAAGGAAGCAAUAAGGGAAGCAAUGGAAUUAGCUGAAAAAGAAGCUAAACUUGAGAAAAUCAGAUUAAGGAUGAUGAAACAGAGCACUAGAAACGACGAUACUGAACGAAACAUGGCUGAAAAUGUUCUGGAGAAAGAAAAAGUUCCUAAUGAAUCCAAACUAAUCGAAAAAGUCGAAAAUUCUAAUAAAGAUUGUCUGAAUAAUAACAAGGAAGUCAUUCCUGGACAAAAACCCGAGAACAUUACUAAGGAAAUCAAUAACAACCUUGUUAAUCAAUCUGAAACAUCCAACGUACAAAAUUCUCCAACCAAAAGCACCACUAGCAUACCUCAGUCAGUAAUAAACGAACAAGAAAACCAAAUGAACAAUCAAAGAAGUCUUACUCCUAUUUCUCAAUCGUCCAGGAACACCAACAAUUACAGUCCACGUAUUGAUCAGUUGGCAUACCUUCUUCAACCAUCUCUGGAGAGUUUUCAAAAUUUCCAGUACGCUGUUCUUAUACCCACUCCUACAACCCAAUUUCCUAUCGCUAUACCAGUCAAUUUUCCCAACCAAUCAAAUCAAACUGAAGCUAUUAACGCACCACGAACAGAAAACAGAAUCCUUACACCAACUAGGUACAGGAAUAACAUCAGAAAAUGUGACAGUAGCACACAAACUGAUCCUGUUUUGAACUCGGCAAGAUCUUCAUCAGAAACCGGAGAUGGUAGAGAUAAAUAUUUGAGAGAAAAAAUGAACAAUUUGGAGAUAAAUUACGAAAACAAACGAAGAGAUAGACGAAGUAGGAGUGAAAGUAUGGAGGAGAGACCUAAAUGGGGUGUGAACAGGCCUCCAACCAGAUACAUGAAGCAAAGUGAGAAAGACCCCUUGUAUCAAAGAAGAAAACUAAGACAGAAACGUGAAAAUGCCAAUAAAAGUUACGACGAGAAGAAUUCCAGCGAUGAAAGUCAAACAGCCACUCCAAGACACUACAGGAAAAAGGAUUUAAUCGAAAAACGCCCUUCCAGAGCAAGAUGGAGAACAGAAGAACGAAUAUUUAGCGGAAAUUUAAAAAUGUACCAAAGAGAAAUAGUACCGCUUGAAACCGACCAAAACCACCUAUACUACAAGUGCUGUUGUACUUGUAGGUGUCAAAAACACGGCUGUUCAGAGAAUGUGAAAGUCGAUAUACUGAAAAUUGAAGAUGAUACGCCUAGGGACGAACUUAGAAGCAAGUGUUCGGAAAGUAGUGUGGAUAGAAUCAAGCAGGAUUCUUUGGAUAGUGUCGAAGAUGGAAAUAAGAUCGAUUUGCUUGGUAAACUGUCUUCAUUACAUAAUGGAUUGCUUCAGGAGCAAGCUAAAUGGGAGAAUAGUCCGAGAACACCUCUGUUAUUGCCGAAUAGUUUAUAAAAAUUAUUUUUAGGAUAUAAAAUGAAUGAAUUUUGAACACAAAACAUUCCAUAUUCACUAAAGGAAUUGUUUAAUAGAUAUGGACUAAGGUAGUACAGUUUAUGGAAUGAAUGGUUUAAAGUGGGUGUUUGGAAAUGAAGAAAAAUGUUGAAAGACAGACUUGUCAAGAAGCUCUGAUAUCAUUGGUAGACUAAUAAAAAAUAAAUGGAAGAGAUUUGUACAGCAAAACAAAGACUAAAAAAGAAUAUAUGAACAAAUCUACUACAGGAAGCUACAACGAGUCUUGCUGUAGAGAAAAAAUCGACUACGUAACGGGGUUUGUCGUGUUUAAUUAUAUCGUAAACAUGAUUUUUCCUGUUAAAAAAGUUACUGAGGCUAGACACUCAAGCGUAGUGGUGAUAGAUAAAUAAAGAAAUAAUAAAUAAGAAAACAGAGCUAAAAAAAGACUAAAGAAGACUACUACUAUGCGAAGCACUAUCUAAUGAAACCAAGUUGAAAAAUGUCCAGAGAAGAAGUCCAGAGACCCAACCAUAGUAGUUAAAACUAAAUGAAGUAGUAUAUAGUUAAACAAAACUGAGGCAAAAAGAGGAUUUAACAUUUACAGAAAGCUGGAGAUGAAGAAAACGAUUCUAAAAAUAUCAAACAGAGACAGUCAAAAUUAAGGCAAAUUAAAAGACAUUUUCUCUGUGUAUAAUAUUAUUGUUAAGAAUGGUCAGAAUCGACAAAUAUUUAGACAAUAACUCAAAUAGAAUAUAGGUACGUUUGACAUUAAAGCUAUUUGUUAAAGGAAAAAAAUCUGCCAUACCUACAAAAUAAAGUUACAUACCUAAAAUUUUAAGCGGUGUUUUCAAGUGUUAUUAUAGCCACGUAUAGCAAAAUAGUUAAUAAAGAUGUAGAUUUCAUUUUGAACCAAACAUUUCGUAUUUUAAAACUUUUUUCAUCACAAUUACUUCAAACCAUUUUUCUAUUCCAUUCUCGCUAGACUAAAC